UUCAUUGUGUGCGCGAGGAGCGAGCGGCGGCGGCGGCGGCAGCCCGAGCGCGGGGACCGCGAGCGCGCCGGGGCGGGUGCGGGGCGGCGUCCGCGGCUGCGCUCCGCCCGCCUCCCGGCAACUCUGCCCCAGCGCCGCGCGCCGUGCGCGCCGUCCCGCCGCCGCCUCCGCCAACGCCGGCGGCUGCCGUCGCGAGCCGGGGUCCGCUCGGGACACGGGGGGGUGGUCCCCUCCCGGCGGCUGGGACGUCCCGGGGCCGCCGAGGGGCGCCGGGGGUGGGGGCGCCCAGGGCCCCCCGCAGCUCGCGCCCCUGGCACUGCGCGUGGGCAGGAGGGGGGCGGUGGGGCUCGUGGGGGCGCCCCGAGGGCAGGGCUCCCCGACCGGUGCGGGGCAGCCCCUACCCGCUGGACGCCCCGAGCCAGCGCGCCCCAGUCGCCCCCGGAGCUGGCGCGCAGCCCCCCCCCGCGAACCCCACUUCUGCACAAACUUUUCUGACGCCCUCGCCCGCGGGGGGCGCGGGCGGCGCGGGGCGCGCCCCCCCACGCCCCGCCGGCCCCCGGCCACGCUGACCUCCCGCCGCUCGUAGCCUCAGUGGCGACCUCUCCAGGCCGGGCCGGGCGCGGCGCUCGAGGCUCCCGCGGCCGCCGCUGCCCGAAGGCUCCCGCGGCCCCCGGGGCCGCCGGCCGCGGCGAUGCCCUCGGUGAUGGAGAAGCCGAGCGCGGGCUCCGGGAUCCUGUCCCGCAGCCGGGCCAAGACGGCGCCCAACGGCGGGCAGCCGCACUCGGAGGAUGACAGCAGCGAGGAGGAGCACUCGCACGACAGCAUGAUCCGCGUUGGAACCAAUUACCAGGCCGUAAUUCCGGAGUGCAAGCCCGAGAGCCCAGCGCGUUACAGCAACAAGGAGCUGAAGGGGAUGCUGGUGUGGUCACCCAACCACUGCGUGUCGGACGCCAAGCUGGACAAGUACAUUGCCAUGGCCAAGGAGAAGCAUGGCUACAACAUCGAGCAGGCUCUGGGCAUGCUCCUGUGGCACAAACACGACGUGGAGAAGUCCCUGGCAGACCUGGCCAACUUCACCCCGUUCCCCGACGAGUGGACGGUGGAGGACAAGGUGCUGUUCGAGCAGGCCUUCGGCUUUCACGGCAAGUGCUUCCAGCGCAUCCAGCAGAUGCUGCCCGACAAGCUGAUCCCCAGCCUGGUGAAGUAUUACUACUCCUGGAAGAAAACCCGCAGCCGCACCAGCGUGAUGGACCGGCAGGCACGGCGGCUGGGGGGCCGCAAGGACAAGGAGGACAGCAGCGAUGAGCUGGAAGAGGGACGGGGCACCGUGAGUGAGGGCGAGCCGGACGCUGGGGACCCCAAGAGAGAGCCCCUGCCUUCUCGGCCCCUGAACGCCCGCCCGGGCCCCGGGAAGAAGGAGGCGCAGGGCUCUCAGUACCGCCACCACCCCCUGCGGACGAGGCGGCGCCCCCCCAAGGGCAUGUACCUGAGCCCCGAGGGCCUCACGGCUGUGUCCGGAAGCCCCGACCUCGCCAACCUCACGCUCCGCGGCCUUGACUCGCAGCUCAUCUCCCUCAAACGCCAGGUGCAGAGCAUGAAGCAGACCAACAGCAGCCUGCGCCAGGCCCUGGAGGGCGGCAUCGACCCGCUGCGGCCCCCCGAGGCCAACACCAAGUUCAACUCCCGCUGGACCACAGACGAGCAGCUUCUGGCUGUCCAAGCCAUCCGGAGGUACGGCAAGGACUUCGGCGCCAUUGCCGAGGUGAUCGGGAACAAGACGCUGACCCAGGUGAAGACCUUCUUUGUGAGCUACCGGCGCCGCUUCAACCUGGAGGAGGUGCUGCAGGAGUGGGAAGCCGAGCAGGACGGCGCCCCCACAGCCUCCGCCGCCGCCGCGCCAGCCCCCCGGGAGGAGGCCCGGGGAGGGGCCCCGGCGCCCACCCCGGCCCUGGAGGACGACGACGAGGUGCAGAUCACGGCCGUGUCCACGUCCGCGCCGCGCUCCGGGCCCCCUGCGCCCCCGCCCCCGCCUGCCUCCCUGUCCCAGCCGCCCCCGCUGCUGAGGCCGCCGCUGCCCACGGCCCCCACUCUGCUCCGCCAGCCACCCCCGCUGCAGCAGGGCCGCUUCCUCCAGCCCCGGCUGGCCCCCAACCAGCCCCCGCCGCCCCUCAUCCGCCCUGCCCUGGCCGCCACCCGCCACGGCGCCCGGCCGGGCCCCCAGCCGCCCCCCACAUUGAUCGGCGCGCCCCUGGAGCCCCCCGCACCCUCACUCUGAGCCAGGAGGCUCCCGCCCUGUGCUGCCAUGCGGCAUGCCUGCUUCCGGAAGGAGGGGGCGGUCCAGGCCUCGCCAAGACCCGGGGCGCCGUGGGCACCGCCCGGACCCGCGGGUCACCAGCGUUCCUGGAGGCUGAGCCGGGCGCCUGCUUCCUGGCUGGGACCGGGGGCCAGAGCGUAGCUUGGGGCCGGGAGAGGACAGUGUGGGUGCUGACUCUGUCCCUUCUUUUAGCAAUAAGUGGGGUGUGGUGGGGAGGAGGGUCUUGAGGGGGGCAGUGGGGGCGCCCCUGGGAAGGGGCCCGCCCUGCUGCCACCCAGGAGCCGGCAGGAGGCUGGGGCACACGUAGACGGGGUUUAUUUUUCAAUGUUUUUAAAAAAUAAAUAAA